AGGCCAAGCAGCACCAGAGGAGCAGAUUAACCCUGAGCACGAUGGAAGAUUGUGAGGUGCACGAAAGGGACUGCAAAGAGGCCAUUUACCCCUCUUUCCUUAGAGGGAUCUCUUCCAUCCUGUCCCUUCUUGAACUUGCAGUCAGUGCCGGAACAGGGGAUCUCAGCGAAGCCGAAAGUAAACAAUUUAAGAUUGAGAUUGAGUCUGCACAAAGAGAGAUCCUGUCAGCGGAAGAGGCUGCGAGUAGGAUUGUAGAUGGCAUUGACACCAGUUGUGAGAAGCUGAUGGUUCAGCACGGCAAACUGAGCACAGAACAGAAGGAGCUGCAGAAAUGCCUUAAGUGCACGCAGGAUCAGUUGGCGGAGGUGCAGGAUCAGAGGAAACGGAUUGAGGGGCAGCUCCAGGCAGCUGCUGUUUCACGGAAACAAAUGGAGCAGACCCUGAGGGGAUCCAGAGCCAAAAAGGGAGAAAAACAAACUGGGAGAGAUAUCGGAAUCGGCCUGAGUUUUGUUAUCCCCUGUAUCGGGAUCCCUAUGGCAGUUGCCUUUGAGAAGGAGCGACUGUACAGGAAGUCUGAAGUGGACAUAGCUUUGGAGGAUCUCUCUCAUGUGAAAGCAAACAUCACAAAGGAUGAGGAGGAAAUGGAGAAACUCAACAGUCAGUUCCCUGAGUUGGAGAAGAAAAGGGAAAAGACAGCAGAGAGCCUCAGUGUGGUGAAGGCAGAGUUACUAAAGAUCAAAAAAUCCCGUGGUGCAUUGGCCAACGUGCAAUGUAAACUCAAGUACUGUUACCAGCACCUGUCAGCUCUACAUGGGCGAGUAAGUGCAUUGAAGGCUCAGGCACAGCACAUGUACAGCAUGGCUCCCCUGAUCCCGUUUGUAAGAGAGACCUGUGCACAAGCUCAGCUGCAAGGCCCAGGGACUGAGCUCCUGAUGACUGGCUCACAGAUCCACAAGGUCAUCGAGGGUGUGAGAAUUAUGCUUCCCAAACUGAAGGAACCUAACCUUUCAGACAUUGCCAGUUAUAUGUAACCUUCAUUUAAAAUAUUUCUUAAUCAGAGUGAAAAGAGAUGUGAUUAUGGAAUAAUAACCAGGUAGAUCAGCUGCAGAUGAACAUAGGAACUGAAGUAGGUCAUUGAAACAUAGAGUACAGCAGGCCAUACUGUCCAUUAUGCUUAAGCUGAAACUU